UCCCCAGGCAGAGAGAGGGAGGGAGGGAGGCAGGCAGGCAGGCAGAGAGAGAGGGAGAGAGCGAACAAGCUUGAGCCCCCGGGCGCUGGACGCGGAGGCGGAGUGCCUGGCUGGCUGACGGGCGGUGGGAGGCCGAGGCGGCGGCGGCGCGCGCGUCAUGGCGGAGCUGGCUCAGGGGCCGAGCGCGGCACCCGUGGGGGCGGGAAAGAGCGAGGGCUUCGUCGACGCGCUCCACCGCGUCCGCCAGCAAAUGGCUGCUAAAAUUGGAGAGAUUCCUCACUUGAAUAAUUCCACACCACUUGUGGACCCCUCAGUGUACGGUUACGGAGUAAAACGGCCCCUGGAUGACGGAAGUCUUCGUGUAAGUUGGCUCCAUGGAGCACAGAUAAGAGAGACUCAGAGAAUAGGUAACCAGUUAGGGGCCCUGGUACAUCAAAGGGCAGUAAUAACCGAAGAAUUCAAAGUGCCUGACAAAAUGGUUGGAUUCAUUAUCGGCAGGGGCGGUGAGCAGAUUUCUCGGAUUCAGGCAGAGUCGGGCUGCAAAAUUCAGAUUGCGCCAGACAGCGGUGGGAUGGCGGAGAGACCUUGCGUGCUUACCGGAGUGCCAGAGAGCAUUGAACAAGCAAAGCGGCUACUGGGGCAGAUCGUGGACCGCUGUCGGAACGGGCCUGGCUUCCACAACGACGUGGAUGGCAACAGCACGAUCCAAGAGAUCCUCAUCCCGGCAUCCAAAGUGGGCCUGGUCAUAGGCAAAGGCGGAGAGACCAUCAAACAGCUGCAGGAACGAACAGGCGUGAAGAUGAUUAUGAUCCAAGAUGGCCCUUUACCGACUGGAGCGGAUAAACCUCUUCGGAUUACCGGAGAUGCUUUUAAAGUACAGCAAGCAAGAGAGAUGGUCCUGGAAAUCAUCCGAGAGAAAGACCAGGCAGACUUUCGGGGCAUACGCAAUGACUUCACUUCCAGAAUGGGAGGAGGCAGCAUAGAGGUCUCUGUGCCCAGAUUUGCUGUGGGGAUCGUAAUAGGAAGGAACGGAGAGAUGAUCAAGAAGAUCCAGAACGACGCCGGUGUUAGGAUUCAAUUCAAGCCAGAUGAUGGGAUUAGUCCGGAAAGAGUUGCCCAGGUCAUGGGUCUCCCCGAUCGGUGCCAGCAUGCAGCUCACAUCAUCAACGAGCUGAUUCUCACCGCGCAGGAGCGUGACGGUUUUGGAAGCCUUGCCAUAACCCGGGGAAGAGGCCGCGGCCGUGGAGACUGGAGCGUGUGUGCUCCCGGGGGCGUGCAGGAAAUCACCUACACGGUGCCGGCUGAUAAAUGUGGCUUGGUCAUAGGCAAAGGUGGCGAGAACAUCAAGAGCAUAAACCAACAAUCUGGGGCCCAUGUGGAGCUUCAGAGAAAUCCGCCUCCCAACACGGACCCCAACGUACGGAUAUUCACCAUUCGGGGCGUCGCCCAGCAGAUUGAGCUUGCGAGACAUCUCAUAGACGAGAAAGUUGGCGGUACCGGCCUAGGUGGCCCUGGAGGUUUUGGUCAGAGCCCCUUCAGCCAAGCACCUGCUACACCUCACCAAAAUGGUCCUCAGGCGUUCAUGACGCAGGGUUGGGGUGGCACCUAUCAGACGUGGCAGCAGCCUGGACAGCAGGUUCCAAGCCAGCAGAACCAACAGCAGAACAACCAACCCGACUACAGCAAGGCGUGGGAGGAUUAUUACAAGAAACAAAGUCAUGCUGCCACUGCUGCUUCUCAAGCAAGCUCCCAGCCAGACUAUACGAUGGCCUGGGCAGAGUAUUACAGACAGCAAGCUGCUUAUUACGGGCAGACAUUAGGGCAAGCUCAGGCCCACAGCCAGGAGCAGUAGAACAACAUAUUCGACUCUUUUGUUUUCCUUCCCCCCUCCCUCUCUUUCUCUCUUGGAAUCAUUGUGGAAGCAAACCUUUUUGUAACAGAGGUUUCUAGAUUUGCAACAUUUUGAUGAAGACUCUUUUCUUUUGUUUUUUGGUGAAACACUAGUUGUUUAGGAUAAUCUAUACUGAACUUUUUCUAAGAAUCAGGAACAAUUAGUAAUGUACUAAACUUUAUGGACUUGCUGGGUAAUUCUAUGGUUUUUGUUUAAUUAUUUCCCCCCCCGGGUUUUUCGUUUCCAAAUUUGUAAGAAAAAAAGAAGAGGAAAAAACAAUAAGCAAGACUCCGGGAUCCUUUUUUUUUUUUUUUUGGAGAGAAGCCAGUGAACAGCCGUCAUCAAAACGUAACCCCAGAGCUGUGACAUUUCAACAAGUGUUUUUUUUUUGCGUGUGUGUAUUUCCCCCCUCUUCCUCCUCGUGUUUUUAAUUUUAAAUCUUUUCUGUUGUAACAGAAAAAGGCUUGGAAGUCUUAGGUGGUAUGUAACAAAUUCUAAAAAAAAAUGAAAUUUUUAAAAAACAGUAUUUAAAUAUUCUUAAAUAUGUAAAUUCAUUAAAUAUUUUACUUCUAA